AUGGACUUAGUGUGGUUUUGUUUGAGUGGUUUUGUUGAUUCGGGGGAAGAUAAAGAGGAAGCAUACACCCAGGAAGAAAAGACAAGGCUUGGGGACUGCAACUGCAAGACCACAAUAGAACAUGGUGGACGGGUCCUUCAAGGUUGUAUGGAUGUACAACUCGGGCUUAGAAGAUUAUACCAGAUGCGAGCUUUUUUCUUUUUUUCCUCCAACCGUUGGGGCUUCGUUAGCCCAGCUCCUCCUUACCGCAUUCUUGACAUCGACCCCGUCUACGUAGAAGGGUAUGCGUUCUGGGUGACUGAUGCAGCUGACACUAGUGGCAUGAGAGUCUUGUCGUUUGAUUUUCACAAAGAAAAGUUUGAGUUGUUAUCAAAGUCUCCAUUCUUAGACGAGGUGGACUAUGAAUUUUAUUCAAAACAAAAACAUAGGGUGGCUAUUGGUAAGCAAUAG